AUGUCUGAACAUCUCGCUAAAGGCUUGUGGUGCAGAAUGGGCUUUACAGGUCAUAUAAAUGGAAAGAUGUUGAAAACAAAUUUCUCAAAAUCUUAUAGAUACUUGCUACAUUGCAUGGUUCACUCUUUAUCACACAGGAAAGGAGCCUAUGACGAAGUGUCUGAUUAUAUUAUGAACAUGGUUACAAGUCUGGUGUUGAACAGAAGGUAUAAUAUUUCUCAAGUGAUAUUUGAGUAUAUGAAAGAGAAUUGCUUGGCAGAAGGAGAUAAGUAUAUCAUGUAUCCAAGAUUUGUCAUGAUGUUGUUAAAUGAUAAGAUCAAGGAUCUUCCAAAGAUCAGAAGUGAUGUUAUGGAAGUUAGAAACAUUACACAUGAAACAAUUCUGAGAGUUACUAAAGAAGUUGAUAAGAAGACAAAGCAAUUGAUUGGAAGAAUCAAGGAUAAAAAGUAUGUUUCUCCUGACAAUGAGAGAUGGAGACAUGAGAAUAGUGAUUCCGACAAUGAAGAUGCAAAGAUGAACGAAAUGACUGAGAAGAAGACUAGGUGGUGGUGCGUCAGAGACGGAAAAAGAAAAAGGACACCUAAGUCAUCCCUUGCGGUUGUUAUUCCGAAAGAUGGAGAAAAGGGGUCUUCUGGAGAGCCACAGCAGAAGUUGGUUGAUGAGACUGUGUUGGAACCAUCUGUGGUGAUUGAACAAGGAGCUGAACUAUUAAAGCAAUCUUUGGAAGGUUAUUUGAAAAAGAAUGAAGAGGUUGCAGCACAACAAGCUCAAGGAACAAGUGUUCAUGGUGAAAAAGCUACAAGUGUUGAACCAGAAACAAAAGCUCAAAGUAGUUCAAGUGAUGAAGAUUCUGAAGCCACACAAUCUGAUUCUGAAUUGAUUCCUGAAACACUUGGAAGAGGAAAAGCUCAAUUAAAGAAAAGACCUUCAAAGAAACAAAAGGGAUCAGAUGAUGAAGAUUCUCCGUAUGAUCCUGAUAAAUCAAAGAAACAAAGAAAGAAAAGAAAAGCAGCUCCAGCUGGUAUCAUUCCAAGAAAUGUCAGGGCGAAGAAAACAGGAGCUGAGUCUCAAAAGGACAAAGAUGGAAAGAAAGAACAACACGUUCAGGAAGAAACAACUCCAAGUGUUGAAAUUCCAAAAGAACCAGAGUUACAAACAAAAGAAGUUCCAGUUGUUGAAGCAGAAAAGAAAACAAGUGAUGAUGAUUAUGUAGAGAUCACUGGAUUCAAGGCAGUGGUUUAUAUUUUAGGGGUGUUACAGGCAGCUAGUCCUAAACCUGUUCAACAAGAUAUUCCCGAGUCAUCGCAUCAAAAUGAAGCAGAUUUCAACUUUGAUUUUGAUGAUCUUGGUACUGCUACUGGUAUUUUCUCUGAAGAUCUUCCUGAAGGUGAUAGUGAUAUGUUCAAUGAUAAAGCUGUUAAAGAGCUAAUUCAGAGGGUCAACAAAUUGGAGAAAGAAAAGGCUAAAAUAGAAUUGGAACGAGAUAUUCUAAAGAAGCAAGUUGACCUCUUGAUGAAAGGUCAUGAUCAGCUAAGAGAAGAACUGUUGCAACAAAAGGAAGAAGUAAACAAGGCAAAGGAUGAAGCUGAAGACAACUCAAAGCUGUUUAAUCUGUUGUCUGCUGAAAUAACUGAUCUAUGUUUGAAGAUAAAGAAACUAAAGGAGGUAAACCAAACUUUAAAUCAGCUUCUCAGUGAAAUUAGUGAAGCUUCUUCAAAUGAGAUGAAGGCAAUGAAGUUGGAGAUGGAAGCUGAUAAAGUAACGAAAGAUCAACAACUUGAGAUGCUAGUUGCUAUAGUUGAAAGUCAUUUAAAAAUGAACAUUCAUGCUGCUUUUGAAGAGGUUGAUGUGAUAAAAGCUAAUGAACGAAGAAUGGAGCGUGAACGUCGUUUAGCCGAAGAAGCAACUCAAAAGAAUAAAGGCGUGGCUGAAGAGGUUGAAGUAGUUGAUGCAUCUUCAAGUCAACCUGAUGUUGGUGGUUCUUCUUCACAACCAGUGUUGAAAUGA